AUGCUGCAUGCAUGCCGCCAGGAGGAGCUGGGGGUCGGUGGGAUGCCACCUGAGCCUCCACACACCGCCCCCCGUCGAGAUCUGCUGAUCCAUGGGUGCAGGGAGGUGGAGGUGGAUAAUUCUGGGCAAGGGACCCCUUUGCCGCAUUCCUGGAAUGUCAUCAUGCUGAGCUUAGGAGCAGCUGCAUCAGGGCGUCGCGUACGCUUUUAG